CGCCCAUACUUAGAUACAAUUUAUUUUUUUUGCCAAAAAAAAAUGGAAAUCUUGAUGGAGCCUAAGCGGAAAAAAACCCCCAUCAUCAUCUCAUCCGUCCUCGAGCCGGAGAGACGAAAGAAAGUCACCAAGGCGUGUGACUAUUGCAAGAAGCGAAAAUAUAAAUGUAGCGGCAAAUCGCCUUGCUAUCUCUGUGAAAAGAAGAAGAUCGAAUGCAAGUUCUCCAUAGUCGACAAGAGAACAACCAAAGUCAAGAAGAAGAAAGGGGGUAUUUCUAAAUCCACUAAUUCACACCCCGAUGGUAUAGCGGCCAGUUCUAGCGAAAUAGCCGCGGACGCUCUCGUCCAAUCAAACAGCUACGUCGAUCUGGCUCCUGACGGCUCUUCAUCCAAAGAUAACCUAGGUUCCAAGCCAAAAGCCGCUUAUAUCCCCAAAAGUCUCCAGCCACUUCUUUCCUUUCCCUUGGGCGAAGAUGGCGAAACAGUCAGUGAUGACGAAGGUGGAUAUUCUAAGCCCAUGGAUGAUGACGAAGAUAUGCCCGAAGAAGAUCAAAACGGAAUUGAAAGCUUGUCCAACAACUAUGGCAAGAGUUCUAGGCUCUUGUUUGAUUCUGCUGGAAAUUUGCGCUAUAUUGGAGAAAGCAGUCCUUUAUCCCUUUUAUUUGAAUGUCGUAACAUUUUCCUUAGCACUAUUGGAAGCUGUGAGUUCACAUCUGAUCCUCAGGGUGUUAACAUAAUUGAUGAACCAGGAAAGAUCAAAAACGGAAUUCCUGUGCAAUUGCCGAAAAGAGAACACUGCAACAUUCUUGUUAAGUUCUUUGAAUCUAACGUCAACUCCACCUGGUACGUUUUCAACAUGCGCUACUUCAAGGAGUACAUUGUAGACUACAUUUACGACAACCCUAUUAGGGCCAGACCCGAAAAACUAGUAUUGCUCCAUUUGGUGUUAGCGUUGGGUUUGUUGUAUGCUGAAACUUCCAAAAGCUUUCUCAUUGAAGACUUGGAGUCUUCUUCCAUCAACUCGCUAGCUUUCUUUGAAAGUGGCUGUAAUUUGAUGAGAAACACCGUGGAUGAUGGGAAGUUGUGGCUUUCUGAAGCAUAUCUCUUGAUAUACUUCUAUUACCAAUCCACUUCCAAAAGAAGUACAUCCUGGAUUAUGUUAGGCACGGCUAUCAGAAACGCUCAAGCUUUAGGUUUGCAUCGUAAGUUCAUCAACGAGUCAUUCAGAGACAGAGAGUAUAUUAUGCAUCGCCGAAAAUUAUGGAGAAGUUUGUAUGUCUGCGACAGAAGCUCUUCAAUACUUUUGGGACGCCCACUUUUGAUCGGUGACUACGACUGGGACGACUUUGACAACGUGGAUCUUAUUGACUACGAGGAUAAGAUCAAUCAUGACAAGAAUAUUUAUUGCUUGAUAGAAAUUGCUAAAGUGUGCAAAAUCAACGGGAAAAUCGUGCAUAAUUUCUACUUGGAUGGGAUGAUAUCACCUGCACGAGCAGAGAAGUUAGCAAUCGAGUUAAAGCUAUGGUCAAUUAACUUGCCCAAAGAAUUACAAAUCGACAGAAUUUUAAGAGGCACUAACCUGGAAGUCAGUUCGGAUAAAUUUGCCUUGCUAUUGCUUCACUUAUCCCAAUUGUAUGGAAUUAUGCUUUUAAGUAAGCCAUUUUUCAUGUACAUCGCUUUCAAAAGCAACAUAGCCAAUAAUUCUGGUGGACUGGUGCCACCUAGAAGAAACAGACAUGAAGCUACAAUGGUCAAUUUUUGCAAGGCAAGCGUGAAAUCGUCAGUAUUAACUAUUCAGCUUAUUAAUCUCUACCGUGAACGACACCCGCAGAGAAUAGAGCUGUACACCACUGUAAAUUGUUGCUUUAUGGCAGCAUUAAUACUUGGUUUGUCUAUUCUCCAUAGGAAGAAUAACCCUGAAUUUCAAGAUGAGUACAAUAUUGCUCUUCUUAUGGAAACACUCAAUACAGCAAAGAUAAUUUUAUCCUUCUACGGCCCAAUUAAUGCUACAUCUCAGCGGUUCUACAAAAUUGUUGGUAAGAUGCAACGUUCACUAGAGGCAGCCUAUGGAGACAUGGAACAUAUGAUAUCAUCUUCUGUCUCUUCUCCGAAUAAUAUUAGAGACGGCAUUUUCAGCACUCCUUCGGCGGCUCCUUUGAAUAUUGCUGCUUUACAGAACCACUCUCUAAGAGGAGGAAAUGCCAGUGACUUGGAAGCGCUUAUGAACUUUCAGCAAUUCUUCGUCCCUUCGGCUUCCAAAGCAGGUGGCAUCAACGAAGAUUUCGCUACUCAAUCCACAACUUCGUCAGCUGCUGGUGAACCGCUUGAAGCAUUUAUGUAUAAUAUGGGAACAAAUGAUAUCUUGUUCGAUGGAAAUAUUUAAUUCUUGAAUUUAUUUUCACUAUGUAUACUAUAUUUUCAAUUUAGCCGCGCCCGCCCAGACGUGUAUAGCAAUAUAUGAAUUUUCAUAG